AUGGUUCUUGCACCAGAGAUUGAUGGUCAUUUGAUGAACGGUGUCAAUGGGGGUGCCGAAUGCGCAGCAUGUACAAUGGUUUUGGGUAUAAUUGAGAGAGUAUCUAUUGUUUACAAUGAAAGUAUUGUGGCAUCACUCGAACGAUUCUGCAAUUUUUUACCAAAUGAAUUUAGAAUAUAUUGUAAAACGACUGUCGAAGUUUUGGGUACAAUCAUUAUUGAUGGCUUCGCGAAGAAUGAAACAUCCGAUGUCAUUUGUCAUUCACUGAAAAUUUGCCGAACUGAUCCUGGUCAACCAGAAUGUCGAUUGUAUCAGGUCAAAUCAUCAUCACCAUCAUCUAUCUCUCUCGGGCAGAGUGGAUCGAAUCUUCGUCAAAAUCAUCCAUCACUUCUUCCUUUACUCACAUCGAAAAUCUGUACUAUUCCAGGCAUUGAUGAAAUCUGUAAAAUUCUUGAACAGGUCUUUAACAAUCAUAUACCUCUUGUCGAUAUUGAUGGCGAUCGAUUCGGUACGGAAGCAACAUUUCGUGGUAGUUCAUGGCGUGGUAAAGAUUGUAAUGAUUUAUCAUCAAAAAUUCGACCGGGUGCACGUUCCAUGAAAGGUGAUUUUCUUAUUGACCAUAAUUGUAAUGGAAUCUUUGGCAUGGAUUCAUCAACAAAUCGGCCAUGGGAAGAUGAAUUAUGCAAUGAUACACAACGAAUAGGCGUUGCCAUAUUAGGUGACUCUGUUUCUGCUCAUUUUCAUAUUCCCGAACAAUGGCUCGAUGCUAGUCAAGCAUCAUCAUCUGUAUUUGAACAUAUGCUAUUCAUUAUUGAGAAUGAACUCGAUUGGCCACAAUUAUCUGGUUCGACAGGUUAUCUCAAUAUCUCUUGGCCGAAUAUUGCAGGUGAAACACGUUCAACUUACGCUCGUUUUUUUGAACGUGAUCAUUGCAAUCAUCGAGACUAUCAAAAUAUUGCAGUGAACGGAGCACGCAGUUCAUCGAUGAUCAAUAUUUCAAAGACAUUAACACGUGAUCCAGAAAAUGAUGUUCCUCUUCUCGUUUUCUAUGCCUUAGUUGGUAAUGAUGUCUGUAAUGGUUAUCCGAAUACAAUUGAUCAUAUGACUACUGUAAAAGAGAUGCGUACCAAUGUAUUGACCGUUCUUACUUAUCUUGAUACGAUUUUACCUAAAGGUAGUCACGUAUUGACAACUGGUCUAGCCAAUGGUAGUCUCUUAUAUGAAUUAUUACACAAUCGUAUUCAUCCAUUGGGUCGUGUUGGUACACCAGUCACCUAUGCACAAUUCUAUACAUAUUUAUCUUGUCUGCAAGUAUCUCCAUGCAAUGGAUGGCUGACAACAAAUGAUACAUUACGUGCAUUGACUUCUCAACGAGCAAUCGAUCUGUCCGCAGCAAUACGUAAUGUGACAUUAGAAUAUUCACCCAAGAAUUUUGAUCUUGAUUAUUUCUACGUUUCUGUCGCUGACGUUUUUGCAGAAUGGGCAGCACAAGGUGGCGAACCAUGGCAAUUAGUUGAGAGUGUCGAUGGUUUUCACAUCAAUCAAUAUGGUCAUGCAUUGGUUUCUGAUUUUACUUGGACAUGGUUAGAAAAAAAUAAACCUCAUUGGUUACCACCAUGGAAUCCACACAAUGCAGACAUCGAACGUAUUUUCAAAGAUCAAGGCGGCUAUUAA